GCGGGCGAGCGCGGGGCCCGGCGGGACGAGCCGGAGGGAGCCUGGGCGCGAGCGGAGGCGGCGGCGGCGGCGGUGGAGGAGGAGGAGGUUCCCGUCGGCCUCCUGCAGGACUAGCGGCGGCGCGGCCGCUGGCGGGACCUUAUUUCUGAGACGUGCCCUAGGCUGGAUAAGCAAAAAUGAGGAUAGCAGGAGCUGCAAAGUUGGUGGUGGCUGUGGCAGUAUUUCUAUUGACAUUUUAUGUUAUUUCUCAAGUAUUUGAAAUUAAAAUGGAUGCAAGCUUAGGAAAUCUAUUUGCUCGAUCUGUGCUGGACCCAGCCACUCGCCCAACAAAGCCUCCCAGGUACAAAUGCGGAAUCUCAAAAGCAUGCCCUGAGAAGCAUUUUGCUUUUAAAAUGGCCAGCGGAGCAGCCAAUGUUGUGGGGCCCAAGAUCUGCCUGGAAGACAAUGUUCUGAUGAGCGGUGUCAAAAACAACGUUGGAAGAGGAAUAAAUGUUGCCUUGGUAAAUGGGAAGACAGGGGAGGUACUAGACACCAAAUAUUUUGACAUGUGGGGUGGAGAUGUGGCACCAUUCAUUGAGUUUCUGAAGAACAUACAAGAUGGAACAAUAGUGUUAAUGGCAACAUACGACGAUGGAGCGACCAAACUCACCGACGAGGCGCGACGGCUCAUUGGUGAGCUGGGGAGUACGUCCAUCACUAGUCUUGGCUUCCGAGAUAACUGGGUCUUCUGUGGUGGGAAGGGGAUUAAGACCAAGAGCCCCUUUGAACAGCACAUAAAGAACAAUAAGGAUACAAACAAGUACGAAGGAUGGCCCGAGGUGGUGGAGAUGGAAGGAUGCAUCCCCCAGAAGCAAGACUGAAGGGAGCGUGAAGACAGGAGGAACGCACUUUGAUUCUGACGCGGCCGGCUGCAAAGCCGCCGCUCUACUCCGUGUACAUAUUCUAGCAGCAUGCGGCCGUCCAGGGUGUGCACGAGCAAGAUUGUCUCUGUCGAUUCCAGGAUUAUUUAUUGUUAACAUAAAUGACUACCUUUGUAAAUAGCCCUCCGAUCACUAAACCCCUUUUAAGCACAUUUCCCUACAAGAACAACGUGUAGACUUCAGUGGCAAUAAUGUACUUCAGUACGGAAAGCAUAUUCGGUGGGUAACCAGGCCGGCUGCAUAGGCAUUGAUUUCUAUUCUGGUUGCUGUGAAACUCCGUCCUGGAAAAACAUGGCUUUUAGGGAGGAAAUCUUAUUCGUACAUAUGUCUCUGUAUAAAUAUCUGGCAUGUGAUGACAGUAUCCUUUAAAUUAAAGAGAUUUUUGGCUAGUUGUAUGUAUGUUAUCUUACAGUCUGGCUCCUAGCACAUCUCUUUUCGUAGUCUUAAUUUUUUUCCUUCCAAAGAAAGCAAGAAAUAAAAUGUUUCACAUGAAAAUUUUCAUCAGGUUUGUGAAAAGCACAACGGUUUUUUUUAUACACUGAAAAUGAACAUUAAUAUAGGUGUCAUUUGGGGCUCAUCUUCUGGAUUUUGUGUUAGCAGUAUGAAUUAUGUGAUUUUUGUAUAAGCUUUUUAGAGUUCGCCUGGAGAACCAGGCCAGGUCCCUUCCUCAACCUAAUCAGGUCAUUCUCCACUGCUCGGUCCGUGCCCCUAGGGCAAUGCAGGCUCUUGUCUGCUUGGUUGCCGGCAGGCACUGAGUACAAGGAUUAAUCUCCUCUGACAACUUUGAUUUGUAAAUCAAGAACUUCUGUUAUUUACUUCUAAUUUCAUAGUAGCAACCAUUGCCUGAAAUUGCAGCAGAAUAUUUUAUAAAGUCCCAAUUACUUUAUUAGGGCACUAAAUACCUAUCAUAUGUGACAUGUAUGGAGUACUUAAAAUGCAACAUACACAAGUGGAGGACUCAUGCUGCCUUUCAUGGGAUGAGGCAACACUUAAAAUUCGAACCUAAAAUUUAGGUGGCUUGUAUAAAAAUCAAAAAACAGUAUUUGCUAUUUUGUUAAAAGCUGGAAGCAAGUCCCAUAUUUCUUGAAUAUUACUGACCUUGUGUUACUGUUUCUUCUCGCAGACCGAAUGUAGUAGUUCAUAAAGAGUCCUGUCUUCUGUCUUCGGGCCAGUUUUGUAAACUUUGAAGAGUUCUGGUGCUUCUAUCCUUACUCAUGCCCCACAUGCCUGUCUUGACAUGUGAAAUAUUUCCCUUGAUUCUGUUAGUUGUUUUACAGUUUCUAGGGAUUGGAAAAUAAAUGUUGCAGGUUU